UGUCUCUUUAAAUGAGUGAAUAGCGGGAUCUCGGUGGCGGAACAGAGAACUGCACGAGAGAACUGAUCGCCUCCGGACACGCACACAAAGGCACAUUACGAGACAAAACUAUGGGCAUCAAACUGUAUUACACCACCGUCACCGCAUCUAGAGAGGUGAAGUCUCAGCAGGCGGAAGUGAUGCGGAUUCUGGACAGUAAGAGCAUCCAGUAUGAGUUGAUUGACAUCUCAGUGGGCGGGGAAGUCCGGGAUGAGAUGAGGAGUAAAUCUGGAAACCCCACAGCAAUCCCACCUCAGAUAUUCAAUGAAGAUCAGUACUGUGGGAACUAUGACAUGUUUUCAGAGGCAGUGGAGGCAGACACAGUGGAACAGUUUCUGAAGAUUGCAUGAGAGCCAAACCUGGUAGCAUCCAACCCCCUCUUCCCUUCCCAGUCCAUGUCCACAUUCCCAAAGGGAGGCCUGCCUGUACCUGUCUCUGCUCCGCUGGCGGUGCCUACCUUCCCUUGUCUCAAUGCCAUGCCAUGCCACGCCACAUGCCAAAACCAAACAACAAAAAAAGCACUCUAUGCCACCCUAUUUCAGACACAGUAACUCUUGUGCUUUUGUUUUAUUUCUCCCAUGCUUUUUCUGUCUUGUGUCCUCUUUGGGUCUUGCGCCUCUGACGCAUAAAUGCCACUAAUUUGUCUUAAUCUUGUUUGGAUCAGAGUGCUUGGAUGUGAAGUAAUUAGGUCAACUAAACUGGGCCACAACCUCUUGUUUAUUCCAGAUUGAACUAAUCCAUAUUCAAGAAUCACAAGAAUAAUUUUGUACAAAUGUAAUCAGUUUGUUGACUUCUGUAGAUAUUUUGAUGGCCAUUUUAUUCCCACGUAGUACUGAUAAAUCAUUUGGAAAUGGUUAAUUGUAAGUGGGCUGAGAUUUAUUGUGUGUUGGUACUUUAAAAACACUGGCCUAUAAUUUCCAACAUGUGAACCAGCUGUUUUGGAUUUAACAUCUCACACACUGCAUUGUAUUUUAUCGUUUAGCAGGUUUCAAGCCACCGGUAUGCUGUCUGGGAGCGUUUCCACUUAACAUUUCCAAAUUCAGUGAUUGAAAAGCGUUCCGUUGCGUUAAAAUGUGCCAAUACAUUUUUUGCACAAAUGUGUUUUCCACAUGGGGAUAUUUCAUUUUUCAAAAGUCUACAGCAUCUGCACACCUAAAAAUCUUCAUUUUUGAUGGGUGAAUUUAGUGUUCGGGUCACAUUUUACCCCAAAAUCAAAAGAAAUAACAUACGAGACCAUAUUUUGCAUAAAGAAAAUUAGUUCUAUUUUAGGACCAUUAAGAGUUUUUGCAUUUUGUGCAUUAUUUUUUAUGACAAUGCAGCACAUUUCCCCUGAAAUUGUAAUUACUAGACGUUUUUGGGUAAUUUACAUUAUUUUUGAUGAUGAUUCAUUACUGUAAUAAAGUAUUUUUUAAUGGAUUUCAGAAAAAAAUACUGUUUUAGUUUUUUUUACAUAUAUAUCAGCAUAAAUUCAAAUCAGUGCAAAAGAUGCAACAUGAUAUAUAAAUGAAGAAUUUAAUGAACACACCUUGCGGUACAGAAAUGAGAACAAAAUUGAUUUUUUUUUUUUUUUUGCAUCACGGUAAUGAGAAUUUGCAGGAAAACGCCAAAAAUCAUAAUGGUUCUAAAAACAGGCUUCAUUUUCUUCAUGCAAAGUAGAACUUAUAUCCUUCUUUUGAUUUUGGGGUGAAAUGUGACCCAGACCUGAUCUUGACAAAUUUCAUGAGAUUCACCCAAAAGUCUUAAGAGCAGAAUGUGGAGGAGUAUGAGAGUAACCUACUCCAACACAUUCCUGUUACACCACAGAUUUUCAUCUCACUUUAUUCUGGUAAUGCACUAAAUAUUGGUGUUUCCGUGGUCAAUAUCAACUUUGCCUGAACUUUUGAUUAGCUCAGUAUUUCUGCCGCAACCGCAAAGUUCAUCUUGCAGUAGCUAAAUCGUCCCAUACGGCGUAAAUUACAAACUCAUAAUCCAUCAUGCGUCUACUGCCAUUAAAUGGAGUUUAUUUAAGGUUGUAGCAAUGAAAUGUAAGCAGCUUAUCCUCUGACACAUUAUGUUUGGUCAAACUGGUACUUAAUUUAUAUACUUGGCACAGUCUUACAAUGUUGUUGUGAAUCACGGUCCCGUGUUUUGACGUAAUCUGGCAUCCCUGUUGUUUGCUGCUCCAGUUAGUCUUAAAUCUUCUAACUCAAGUGUCAGAAUUACAGUAAAUGUCACAAUGGGCUGGACCGACAGCUGGUUCAUGAAAUUAUUGUGAUCUGCCUCUGUCAUUAUUGUUUGUGACGAUAUCUUGUGGUCUCUUUGUGCUGUACUGCUUUGCUUUUGGACCAACGGCCUAUUUUGGCCAAAUUAAAAGAUCGAUAAUUAUGGAAAGAAAUGCUGUUGUCUUCCAAGAAGAUUGUGAAAUUGUAAUGUAUGGGUCCAAUAAAAGUGCAAAAGGAAAAAGA